AUGCAGCACCUGCCAGCUCUGUUCCGUGCAGGUGCUUCCCAGCUCUUGAUGCUGCCUCUGAGCAGAGGCUUUCAUCAAAUAGUCCCGGCAGCAAAGAAGUCAGGUGCUCAAAAGGCAGAAGCGGAGCGGCCGCUGCGGGCCGAGGCGGUCGCGGCGCUGCAGGCGCCCAGGCUGCAGCGGGAGCAGCGCAGCUGCCGCGCGCGGCCUCGUUUCCCGCCUCUUUGGCUCCUGGCGUGCACCGCGCUCCGCUCAGCGCCCGCGGCCCCUGCGUGCAGCCGCCCUGCCUCGGGCGCCGCCCGCGGGGACUGCCUCGGGCGCAGGCGUUCCUGCCGGCACCGGCCGGGUCCGGCGCUAAGCGGACGGUCGGCUCCGGCCGGGCCGGAAAGGACCCGCGGCCGGACAGCGCCUUCCUCACAGCGGUGCCUCGCCCUUCUCUCCCUCAGCGCCCCAGGCUCGGUGCGGCUGCCGUCGCCGUCACCGCGGCAGGUGUGUCGGGCUCCGGGAAGCCGGGGACAGGUGAUGGCUGCUGCCGUUGAGCCUGCAAGCUCUGAGGAGGAACAGCUUCUUGGGAAGAGAGAAGCUACGACCUGGAAACCUCAAAAAGUGCUGCAAGCUGCUGCUGUGUAUGAAGCUGAGGACUGGGAUAAAGAAUUGGAGGACUCUGAAUGUAACCCUUAUGAUGCUGAUGAUUUCCACUGUGGAAGCUUUCAGGAGAAUAAUCUUCUGGCCUCAUACUCAUGGCAAGAGGAUUCAUUUUACAACCCGAGCUGUCACCAUGCAGCUUCUCUUACAUUUGCACCACCAAUUAGAGUGACUGAGAUUGGCCAGUUUGAUGAUGCUGAUGAAUGAGGUUGACGCUGGUCAGAACUAAGUUUGCCUUCUGAGUUGGAUUAUUCUCUUCACUGACUGAGUCAUGUCAAGGCCUUUGUCUCGCUAAGGCCAGAAAUGCUCCUUCAUCUCCUGAGUUUGGCUUAGGCUGCUUCUGAGCUGCCUGUACAUAGACAGUACAUGCCCUCUGGAGACUGCAGGUGCUGGCUGUGAUGAGUCAAUGCAUUUCUGGACUUUUUGUUAUGUUCUGUUCUUUUGUGUUGUAGGUAAUUAAUUGUUUGGGAGGAAGUACUUACUUUCCAAACUUCAGCUUGACAUGCAGGUCCCUGUGUGUUGAUGUCACUUGGAGUUUUUUCCCUUUUUCAUUUAGUGCUGUCAAAUUUGUUCCAACAGCUUUAAAAACGUUGCCUCUUCCAGCCUGUCUGUUGUAUUUCCAUGUUGUCGUUCAUGGUUCUGUAUCCAAUAACAGAAUCAGUCAUGACAAAUACAGAAUGAGUUGGUUUGGGAUUAUUUUUACCUGUUUCCAGUAUAAAGGAAUUACAAAUAAAUGAUACCCAUUUUGCAGAUA